AUGAAGAGGGAGAUGACAAAGGAGGACAAGGAGCUCGCAGCGGCCGGUUAUGAGCACCUCGACCAGGCGAAGGCGGAUGCGCAGGGCGACGGUAAGCUCGACGAUGUGGACAUCACCGAACACAAGCUCGCGUUCAAGGACCUCGAGGCCGCGCUCGACACCACCUUCGACCCGAAGCAGCCCGCGAUGUCCCCGGGACUGAAUGCAGACGAGGCGAAAGCCCGGCUUGGGCGCGAUGGCGCCAACAUCUUGACGCCUCCCAAAAAGAAGUCGGCGCUGCGGAAGUACUACGACUGCCUCAUGACGAUGUUCAACAUCCUGCUUAUCCUCGCCGGUAUCCUGGAGUACAUCCUGCUUGGCAUCAACUUCAAGGAAAACUUUGCCAACACUUAUCUCGGCGGCAUCCUGAUAGGCGUCGCGUUCCUCAACGCGCUCAUCGAAUUCUACCAGCUCCAGAAGUCGGAAGCCAUCCUCGCUUCUUUCCUCGCCAUGAUUCCCCCCUCGUGUCGCGUGGUCCGCGACGGAACGCUUGCGACGGUUCCCGCUGCGGAAUUGGUUAAGGGUGACCUCGUGCUGGUGCGCUCGGGCGACAAGACUCCCGCCGAUUUGGUUCUCUUCGCCGCGUCGGACUUGAAGAUUGACAACUCGAGUUUGACGGGAGAGUCCGAGCCCCAGGAGCGCUGUGCACGCCCCAACGGCGUCGACUCUCGUGUCGUCGAAGCUGAGAACUUGCUGUUCAACUCGACACUCGUGGUCAACGGUGAAGGGUGGGGAGUCGUCGUGCGCACCGGUGACCACACCCUGAUUGGACAAAUCGCUGCGCUUACUGGCAAUGAAACCGGCAAGAAGAGCCCCCUGGCCACCGAGAUUGGCCGCUUCGUUAUGAUGGUGUCCGCAAUCGCCAUCGCCUUUGCCAUCGUCUUCUUCAUCGUCGGUAUCACCACUGCCUACAAAGGCCACGCAGAGCAAAACGUGACAUUCGCGGGUCUGCCUUCCGUCGUUACACUUCUGUUGUCCAUCGCGGCGAAGCGCAUGGCUGCUCAGAAUGUUUUGGUGAAGGACCUUCAGGGCGUCGAGACACUCGGGUCGCUCACUCUUCUCGCCACCGACAAGACUGGGACCCUCACCCGCAACCAGAUGACAGUGACGAACCUGUGGUCCGGCCUGCGCAUGUUCUCCGCCUUCCAGUCGAACAACGACUCGGAGGAGACCGAGUCGUUCGCGCUCGACGCGCCGGGCAUGCGCGAGAUGACGGACAUCGCGGCGCUCAACUCGAACGUCAAGUUCGACAAGACGGACGUGCCGUUCGACCAGCGCAAGAUCCUCGGGGACGCGACCGAGACCGGGCUCAUCCGCUUCGCCGGCAAGUACAUCCCCGACUUCGACGCGUACCAGAAGGCGCACCCGCACGUGUUCGAGAUCCCGUUCAACUCGUCCAACAAGUGGGCGCUCGUCAUCCUCGAGAAGCCGCACAAGACCGGGAUCCUGACCGCGUACAUCAAGGGCGCGCCCGAGCGCGUGCUCGCCAAGUGCACGACGUACCUCCAGGACGGCAAGGAGCUCCCGAUCAACGACGAGUUCAAGGCGGCGUAUGACGAGGCGUACGACGUGGUACAUGGCGUCCGUGGACACCGUGUCAUCGCGUGCGCGCAGAAGCUCCUCCCCGGCGAAGUCUACGAUGCCAACCACGAGUUCUCGAAGAACGAUGGCAACUACCCCUCGACUGAGUAUACGUUCUGCGGCCUGAUCUCGCUCGAGGACCCGCCCAAGCACGGCGUGCGCGAGGCCAUCGGCACCCUCCGUCUCGCUGGUAUCAAGGUGAUGAUGGUCACCGGCGACCACCCGAAGACGGCGGAGGCGAUCGCACGCAAGAUCAACCUCAUCCUCGGCGAUACCAAGGAUACACUCAGCAAGAAGACCGGUCGGCCCGUGGAGGAGAUCUACGACGACGAGGUCGACGCGAUCGUCAUCCAUGGUGAUGACAUCGAUGCUCUGCAGGGCUGGCAAUGGGACCAAAUUUUCUCCAAGGAUGAGAUCGUGUUUGCGCGCACGUCCCCGCAGCACAAACUCGAGAUUGUCAAGCGCGCGCAGGCUCUCGGUCACAUCGUCGGAGUUACCGGUGAUGGUGCGGACCUUGGGAUCGCUAUGAACAUCUCCGGUUCUGACGUUUCCAAAGAGGCCGCGAACAUGAUCCUGCUCGACGACAAUUCGCCUCGACCAGGGUGUGCGGAGGGCCGUCAGAUCUUCGUCAAUCUGAAGCGCUCCAUCCAGUACACCAUCUCGCACAGUACUCCGGAGGUCAUUCCACAGUUGCUUGUACAUGUGGUCGUUCCCGUCCCUCUUCCUCUCUCCGCCAUCCUCAUUCUCGUUAUCGACCUUGGCUUCGAGCUCUUCGUGGCACUUUCGUUUGCAUGGGACAAGCCGGAAACGAAGGACGGUCUCAUGCGCAUGUCGCCUCGCAAGCCUGUAAACGAUCGCUCGAUCACGUCCCUCAAAAAGCGCGCGCUUCGCCGUACCAAGACCCUUGCCCGUGAUCCUGAAACGAACGAAGCCAUCCAGCCCAGCAAGCUCUCGGUCUUCCUGACGAAGCUCAAGGCGCCAUUCACCCGCCAGUUCUGGGAGGAUGCCCUGGAGCGCACGGAUGACGAGACGCUCGUCGACUCCAAGCUUCUCAGCUACGCUUAUCUCGAAGCUGGCAUGAUUGAAUUCGCCGGAGCGCUCUGCGCAUACUUCGUCGUCUUCUUCAAGGCCGGGUUCACGCCCGGCGAUCUCCGCCGCGCGCAAUCCGCGCUCAACGCCGUGCCCCACAUCACCUACUUCCAGAGCGACUCGCCCGAUUUCACGAACAGCCGCGGGCAAGUGCUCACCGCGGCGCAGCAGGUCGACGCGUUCGCGCAGGCGCAGUCGAUCGUCUACCUCUCGAUCUUCAUCAUCCAGUGCUUCAACGUCUUCGCCGUCAAGGCCAAGUUCCGCUUCCCGUUCGGGAAGGCGAUCGUCGGCAACUACUACAACUUCGCGGGCAUCCUCGCCGGCGCCGCGCUCGGCAUGUUCAUCAUCUACACCCCGCCGCUCCACGUCGUCUUCGGCGGCACGGAAAAGCUCUCGCCGCUGUACUGGCUCAUCCCGGUCGCGUUCGGCGUGCUGCUGCUCGUGUGGACGAGUAUCCGGGUGGUGCUCAUGCGCAAGGGCGUUGAGGAGGCGCGGGUGAAGGACAUCAAGGGUCUCAUGAUGUUCCCGACAAUGCGCACCAUGAGCAUGCGCUCGAAGCAUUAA